UAUUUCCUGUGGGGUCUUAUUCUUUGUACUAUUUAUUUAUUUAUUUAUUUAUUUUAAUCCCUGAUUUGCAUGUAUUGUAAGCUUAAUAGCGUUGUAAUAAAAAGAAAAAGAAAAAGAAAAAGGUUGUUUAUUUCUCUCUAGGCCUUAGUUUUGACCGCUUGUAGUAACCUUUUUCCAAUCAUUAAUGGGUUUUAAUAUUGUUACUCGUGUACAUGGUUAAUGUGUUCUCUUGAAUAUGAGAUUUAGUUCGGUUAAUUCUCUUAAAGUUUAAUGCCUUGGAUUUUGAAUCCUGUAACUCUAAAUUCUAUUCAAUCAUGUUUUUAGAAAUUUUAAUUUUUUUUUUAUAAUUUUGAAUCAUUUUAAUAUACUGAUAUUAAAAAUAAAAUUUUAAAAAUAUAAAAAAUUAUUUUAAUAUAAACACAAUAUCUGCCACAUUUUCAAAUAAUUACAUGGUUAAGCCGUAGCAGAUUUUUGAGACUGUAAAAGAAUUAGAUGAACUUCAUUUCUGCCUAUAUUAGUACAGGGGCUUGGAGUUUUUUGACAUGCCUUCUACACUGUCAAAUUUAUCCUUGAACCAUCAGGCUUCUUAAAAAAAAGGAAAAGAGAUGGAUGAUUAAAAGAGUUAUGGAACUCAGCUUGAAGUUUGGAUCUUUUUCAAGCGAGCAAGUUGCAUCUCCUAAGCUCUGGCGAUCAUGGAGCUGAAUGGUCUAAAGAAAGCGAGGGGAACGGACCAUCUUAAUCAAACAAAUGGUGAUCUGGCAUUAGCAAGUGUUGGUGCUGUAGAUCCCUGGACUGCAUGGGCAUAUAAGCCGCGUACUAUUUCGUUGUUACUUAUUGGUGCUUGCUUUCUAAUAUGGGCAAGUGGAGCCCUUGAUCCAGAGAUCAGCACAUCUGGUGAUGUUGUUACAUCUGUGAAAAGGGGUGUAUGGGCAAUGAUUGCAGUUUUUCUUGGUUAUUGCUUGCUACAGGCCCCCUCGACGAUUUUAAUAAGGCCACAUCCAGCAAUUUGGCGCUUGGUUCAUGGAUUGGCGAUUGUUUAUCUUGUUGCCCUGACAUUUUUGCUUUUUCAGAAGCGUGAUGAUGCUCGGCAAUUUAUGAAGUUUCUCCACCCUGACCUUGGAGUUGAACUACCUGAAAGAUCAUAUGGUGCUGAUUGCCGCUUUUAUGUGCCUGAAAAUCCUACAAGCAGGUUUAAGAAUGUUUGGGACACUCUUUUUGAUGAAUUUGUUCUAGCGCAUAUCUUUGGAUGGUGGGGCAAGGCUAUUUUAAUCCGUAAUCAGCCACUUCUGUGGGUAUUGUCAAUUGGAUUUGAGCUGAUGGAGUUUACCUUCCGCCACAUGCUACCAAACUUCAAUGAGUGCUGGUGGGACAGUAUCGUUCUCGAUAUUUUGAUAUGCAAUUGGUUUGGCAUUUGGGCCGGAAUGCAUACAGUCAGGUAUUUUGAUGGAAAAACAUACGAGUGGGUUGGUAUAAGUCGCCAACCUAAUAUUAUGGGCAGGGUCAAACGAACAUUGGGACAAUUUACACCAGCACAAUGGGACAAAGAUGAAUGGCAUCCCUUGCUUGGUCCAUGGCGAUUUAUCCAAGUUCUUAGUCUCUGUAUUGUCUUCCUGAUGGUAGAGCUUAACACAUUCUUUUUGAAGUUUUGUCUUUGGGUUCCUCCUCGAAACCCGAUGAUAGUGUACAGGUUGAUCUUGUGGUGGCUAAUUGCGAUACCUACAACACGUGAAUACAAUUCAUAUCUCCAAGACCGAAAACCCGUGAAAAAGGUUGGGGCAUUUUGCUGGCUUUCCCUUGCUAUUUGCAUCGUAGAACUUCUCAUUUGCAUCAAGUUUGGACAUGGUCUUUAUCCUAAACCAAUGCCUGUGUGGUUGGCCAUCUUCUGGACAUCUGUUGGAGUUGGCCUCGUAAUAUUCCUGAUUAUGUGGUCAUGGAAAAGUUUGGGAAGGAAGAGACGAUGAUUUCGCUAGCAUGUUACACUAUUCUUUUAUUCCUUCAUGUUCUUAUCGGUAUAUCCAUCUUGUGAAUACCCUAUCACUUCAUGGAAUUGUAAAUGCUUAUUCUCUUAGGUUAGUGGAUCUCAGUUCUCAAUAGAGUAUUCAAUUAUUUUA